ACUCCUAUUCCUAUGGCAUUAUAUGGAGGCCGGAAUGCAGUUUCUAUGCUCCCAGGGAGUGGUAUCGGCCCUGAGUUAAUGGGGUAUGUAAGGGAAGUCUUCAAAUACGCAGGAGCUCCCGUCGAUUUUGAAGUUAUUGACAUCCAUCCUGUAAAUGAUGACAGUGAUGAUAACACAGAUUUGGAUUAUGCAAUAACUUCCAUUAAACGAAACGGUGUAGCAAUCAAAGGCAAUAUUGAAACCAAAAGUGAAAGCGCUGGAGUAGCAUCAAGAAAUGUAGCCAUUAGAAACGGGUUAGAUUUGUAUGUAAAUAUACUCCAUUGCAAAUCGUAUCCUGGUGUGCCUGCCCGACAGGAAAAUAUUGAUAUUGCUAUAAUAAGACAAAAUACAGAGGGCGAGUAUGCGAUGUUGGAACAUGAG